UGGAAAGCAGUGGAGGGCGCAGAGUGCGGAGAGUGUGAACGAAGGCUUUUAGCAAGACAAGUGAUUGAGAGACUAGGCAGCAGUGGUCAGAGCCCGGAGGCAGGCUGUGAGGAAAUGUACUGCGAUCACAUGUGCAGCUGACAGGAUAUACUGGUGCUCAGCCCUCAUACACUCUGCAUUGCAGCUUCUAGGAAGUUCCAUCUUCUCCUCACUGACUGCUGUAUGACUGGAGACACUGGGCACCAGUGCCCCAUGGGAAGACCCACUCAUGCCGGAGGUCACAGAGAUGCCAGGGGUGGAAGACAGAAGAGGUAGUCAGGACCCUCCUCCCAUUGGAGAUCACAAGACUCCAUCAUCUGGAGACCCCACCAGAGACUCACCACCCAGGCUUUGUGGACAUCUGGCCAAGCUCUCUGGAAAAGGACCUUUGAGGAGCUUCAAGAAUCGUUGGUUUGUCUUUGACCCAAGAAGGUGCCAUCUCUAUUACUUUAAAAGUCCUCAGGACACCCAGCCACUGGGUCACAUAGACAUUGGUGAUGCCUCUUUCAGCUAUGACCUGGAGGCAGAUGAGGGACAGUUUGAGAUCCACAGCUCUGGAAGGGUAUCCAUGGUGCGGGCUUCUAGUCGUCAAGCAAUGACUUACUGGCUGCAAGAAUUACAGCAGAAACGUUGGGAGUAUUGUAAUAGCCAUGCUAUAGGAAAGCGAGACAGCAUGGUGAAUCCUACAGCUGGGCAGGUCCCCACUGGUUUGGUAGCCAAAGAAAGCUCAGAAAUCCCAAGUCUACCCUGUAUGGCUAAUUCCGCAGAACGGGCCCGUGUCCACUUCACAGCUGACCUCGGAGAUCAGACCCCUGACCAUGGACCCAGUCAGUCGGGUGCAGUGCAGGGCUUGCUUAGGCAGUGGAGCAAUGACAUCAGAAACUCCGUGCAGAGCCUACGACCUGGCCGAAAUAGCAAUGAAGGCAGGAAGAGCAUCUUUUACACCAAUGAGGAAUGGGAGCUGCUUAACCCAACCCCUAGGGAGCUGGAGGAAUCGCUUCUGCAUGAGGAAAGGAGAAGACCUCCUAUGGAUGCAGGCAAAUGGAACACAGGCAAGCUUCCAUUACUAGGUGCACUGAGGAACCGAUACAGCAGCGAUAACACUUCUGUGGAGUCUUUACCAUCAAGUGACUCCAAGAUUGACUGUGACCUUCAAAUGAGGCUUCAGAACCAGGAAGGUGAAAUGGAAAGACUCAAACGGGAACUGACAAGCCAGAAGGAACUUGUAAAAGUUUUGCAACAAUCCUUGAAGUCAUCGCAGUAUGAUAAGUACUUUACCACACCGUUCAGUGAUGAGCUUUCAAAAGACCAUGUUUACUUGCUCCAACAAAAAGAUGAUCACAUUCGAGAUUUGAACCACAUUCUGGAGAAACAGACUUUGGAGAAGGAUAGUCUUCAGCAGGAAAUUGAGAAACUGAAAUGCAGCGUUCAGCAAAUGCAAGAACAGCUCAGCAUGAUGAUUGAAACAAUUCAAGCAAAAGAUGAAGUCAUUAUGAGGCUAUCCAGGCAGAUCAGCGACUAUGAGGAAUCUUCCCCAUCAUCUGGUAGCACUUCAGACUCCCCUGUUCAGAAAGAUCUAGAAGAGCAGAACCGGUUACGAGACAGUUUACAAGGCUAUAAAGCACAAAACAAGUUUCUCAAUAAAGAAAUACUGGAGCUUUCUGCCCUACGAAGAAGCACUGAGAAAAGAGAGCAAGAAUUGGAAGCAAAGUAUUCCAAUCUGGAAGCCAAACUAUGUCAGAUAGAGAGCAAGUACCUUGUCCUCCUUCAAGAGAUGAGAACGCCAGUGCGUUUGGAUAGCCAAGGACCAGCCCAAGAGGUUGUGAAUCAGUUGUUAGAGGAUGCUCUAAAGGUGGAAACAGUUGAACACCCUGAACAUAUGUACGUCAGACCCCACACUAUGAGCAAGUAUGAUAUAUAUGGAUUCCAGAUCAUCCCUGAAGAUGAUGAUGAAGAAAAACUGGUGGCAAGAGUAAGAGCCCUUGAUCUCAAGUCUUUGUCUCUGUCAGAGAGCCAAGAGAUUUCAACCGUGGUGAAGUGGGAAAACUAUUUUGCCAGCACAGUAAAUCGUGAGAUGGUCCGCUCACCAGAGCUCAAGAGUCUUGUACGUAGUGGGAUACCCCACCAACAUCGUUCUAAAAUGUGGAAGAUGUUUGUAAACCUACAUAUCAAAAAACUAAAGGAAGCGACUUCUCCGGGAUAUUUCCAAAGUCUUCUCCAAAAUGCUCUUGAAAAGCAGAACCCAGCAUCCAAGCAGAUUGAGUUGGACCUCAUGAGGACACUUCCCAACAAUAAGCACUACACCUCCCCCACCUCUGAGGGCAUUCAAAAGCUUCGCAACAUCUUGUUGGCUUAUUCCUGGAGGAAUCCUGAUAUUGGCUACUGCCAGGGAUUGAAUCGGCUGGCUGCCAUUGCACUUCUUUACCUUGAUCAGGAGGAUGCAUUUUGGUGCUUGGUUACCAUUGUAGAGGUGUUCAUGCCACGGGAUUACUAUACCAAAACUCUACUGGGAUCCCAGGUGGAUCAGAGAGUUUUUAAGGACCUGAUGAGCGAGAAGUUGCCGCGUCUCAAUGCUCACUUUGAGCAGCACAAGGUGGAUUACACAUUGAUCACAUUUAACUGGUUCUUGGUGGUAUUCGUAGACAGUGUGGUUAGUGACAUAUUCUUUAGAAUAUGGGACGCUUUCCUAUAUGAAGGAUCCAAGGUCAUUUUUCGUUUUGCGCUGGGUCUGUUCAAAUAUAAAGAAGAGGAGAUUCUGAAACUUCGAGACUCUACAUCCAUCUUUAAGUAUCUGCGAUACUUCAGCCGGACAAUUCUUAAUGCAAGGAAACUGAGUAAUAUGGCCUUUGUGGAUAUGAAUCCAUUCCCUCUACGGCAGAUCCGCAACCGCCGAACAUACCACUUGGAGAAAGUCAGGCUGGAGCUGUCUGAGUUAGAUGCUAUCCGUGCAGACUUUAUACGAGAACGAGAGACAAAUCCAGAGAGGCGAGAUCUCAUAAGUGAUGAUGAUGAGGACAAUUAGGGGAGACUGUCAUCAUGGAGAUCACUGAAAGAACUUGAGAAAUAACGCUGGGCGUAUUUCUAUACUUAUAGCAGUUUUCCUGUGGAUAACCGUUUAGGAUCAGUUUGCCAAGAAAAUGAUGGUAAAUGUUUGAGAUGAGAAAAGUGCCAUUUGACCCUUUGUGGAGCAUAAUAUCACAGAAAUUAUAUAGUGCCUGGGCGUGAAAGGGAUACUAAACCUAAAGUCUCUCAUUUUUAGGGCUUAUGCACACGGCCGUUGCCGGCCGUGCCCGUAUUGUGGCCCGCAAACAGCUGGUCCGCUAUAUGCUGGCACCGGGCGUGUGCACCCCACAUCACGGAUACUGACCUAUUCACUUAAAUGGGUCCGCAAUCUGAAAGGUCUGUGCGGAACGGAGGCACGGAACGGG